AUGAAGGGAGGUGAAGAGAGGAUUCCAGAUGCUCCGCUAAAUAAUUAACACAAUAAAACCUAGGGCGGGACCCAUGCCUCAACGGUCGAAAAAUUAACACGGGGCGUAACGUUCCGUGGAAUCGAUUUGGUUGCCGACGCAACCAAAACCCCCUCCUCAACCAACCCCGCUCUCCCUCUCUGGUGUCUCGAGUUCUGUGGCUUCCCUUUCCAGUCUCUGCUUCUCUUUCCCCAUUCGUUCCUCCCGUGGAACGGCGAGGGAUGGAGCCCGCCGACAUCGACUGGAAGAAUAUCGAGUCAAGGUACGUGCGCGAUGAGGCCUACGAGAACAUCAACGCCCCCAAAUGGCUCGAUCUCACCGGCCCCGACGCAUUCCCUGUCGACGACGACGCCUGGUUCUGCCGACACGACUGUAAGCAUCCGAAGACCGCCAAAGAUUUCAAGCUUGCGGCAGCGCCGAGCCCCAAGGCGAAAUUGAUGCGGUCGAGCUCGGAGAGACUGCCUCUCGGCGAGAGGAACAGCGUUCACGGAAACGAGAACAACCUGAAGAGAAGAGCAGGGAUCGCGGCCACGCUCCUCCAAGCCUCUCCCCUCAAGACCAAAUCUGCCGCGACGAAACAAAUCAGGGAAGAUCUUGAGAACCAAAACCCGAAUCGUUCGACGCCGCCACGUCCCAGCCGCCCAUUUGGUGCUCCCAAGGCGCGGAACACUGUGAAAGAGAUGAUCAAGUCGAGCGCCCAGCAGAAGGCUGAGGAGGAAAGCCAGGUAAAGGAGCAGAGGAAGGCCCAGCCGCGGCUGAGGAGCACACUGUCCGCCAGGAAUCUGUUCUCCGGGAAGGACAUCUUGAGCCAGAUCUCCGAGUUCUGCCACGAGCUCAAGAAGAUAGCGGUCGGACGCGGGAGGACUCCUCCAGCUGAAGAAGAUUCCAAGAAGCAAGUCAAGAAGAAGGUCGCCAACAUCGUUCACAACUCAGAAGCAGAGGAUAGAAUGCCACUGACCCCAAAGAAAGAUGACUCAUCAUCAACAAAGAAAAGCAGCAAAAUGGCAGUGAGGAUUGAGAUCGAGAAACCGAUAGCGGUGAAGGGAGUAAGAGCGUCUCCUCCCACGCCGCAGCGGUUCCCUUCCCCGUCAAGUCGCGGUACAAGGAACCCAAAGGCCACUGCCAAUGGCAGAUCUCCUCUCAGCAAACCUUCUAAAUCAGCAACUCUGGUGAGGGCGAUGUUUCAGGAGGCGGAGCAGAACAGAGAGGAGAAGAAGGCAUUAUUACCAGUAACUGAUGAACACUGCAGCAGUUUAUCUGUUGCUGCUGACACAGACAAAGGGAGCUCAACUGACCUAUUCUGGUUCUUAAAGCCUUGCACUUGUUUGGUGAAUUAGAUCCUUAAGGCCAUUAUACAAUUUUGGCCUUAUUUUCUGUUCAUUUAAUUAUAUAGGUGUGGGAGAAUAAAACAUGUUUGCAAUUA